CCUUGCUUCCCGGACGGCUGGAGCGACUCCCGGGGGACGCUGUUCCCGGACGCUCGGCCGCCGCCCGGGCAUCUCGGCUGCCAGCCCGGCUGGGCACCGGGCAUCUGCGAAGCUAGCUAGCCCUGCCUGGCACUGGGCAUCUCUGGGCACCGACUGUCUCCGGCGCCGCCCAGCUUCUCGAAAGCCCGGGGCCGCGGGCUUCUGCGCGCCCUCCCUUCCCCCCGGCCGCCGGGCAGGACGCCCGUGAGCUCGCGGCGUCCCCAGCCCCUCUGGCCGCCGCCGCGAUGCUGCCCUGGAGACGUCACAAAUUCGUGCUAGUGGAGGACGAGGCCAAGUGCAAGGCGAAGAGCCUGAGCCCGGGGCUCGCCUACACGUCGCUGCUCUCCAGCUUCCUGCGCUCCUGCCCGGACCUGCUGCCCGACUGGCCGCUGGAGCGCCUGGGUCGCGUGUUCCGCAGCCGGCGCCAGAAAGUGGAGCUCAACAAGGAGGACCCGACCUACACCGUGUGGUACCUGGGCAACGCCGUCACCCUGCACGCCAAGGGCGACGGCUGCACCGACGACGCCGUGGGCAAGAUCUGGGCGCGCUGCGGGCCGGGCGGGGGCACCAAGAUGAAGCUGACGCUAGGGCCGCACGGCAUCCGCAUGCAGCCGUGCGAGCGCAGCGGCUCUGGGGACUCGGGGGGCCGCAGACCGGCGCACGCCUACCUGCUGCCGCGCAUCACCUACUGCACGGCGGACGGGCGCCACCCGCGCGUCUUCGCCUGGGUCUACCGCCACCAGGCGCGCCACAAGGCCGUGGUGCUGCGCUGCCACGCCGUGCUGCUGGCGCGGGCGCACAAGGCGCGCGCCCUGGCCCGCCUGCUCCGCCAGACCGCGCUGGCGGCUUUCAGCGACUUCAAGCGCCUGCAGCGCCAGAGCGACGCGCGCCACGUGCGCCAGCAGCACCUCCUCGCUGGGGGUGCCGCCGCCUCGGUGCCCCGCGCCCCGCUGCGCCGGCUGCUCAACGCCAAGUGCGCCUACCGGCCGCCGGCCGCCGAGCGCGGCCGCGGGGCGCCGCGCCUCAGCAGCAUCCAGGAGGAGGACGAGGACCAGGACGAGGAGGUGGAGGAGCUCGAGGAAGGAGCCCCCCAGAGCGAGCGGCCGGAGGUGCUCAGCCUGGCCCGGGAGCUGAGGACGUGCAGCCUGCGGGGCGCCCCGGCGCCUCCGCCGCCCUCGCAGCCUCGCCGCUGGAAGGCCGGCCACCGGGAGCGGGCGGGCCAGGCGCGCUGAGAGCCGAAGGGACAGGACUUGCGGCCCCAGACCCGGCCGGCCUGAUUUACAGCCUCUAACCCCGGCCCUGCCCGCUACGGCUCCCCCUGGCACCCCGGCCCUUGCCUCCCUCGUGGUCUCUGUUGUCGGCGCGAGCCUCAUCCUGGCUCACGGUGACGCCUGACACGCCCUUGUAUUGGGGAACCAGAUGGGGGAGCAGCAGAAUUCAGUGCUCACCUCUCUCCCCACCUGAGUCUCCCGGAGCCCUCCACUGUGGAUUUGCCCCCUAUGCUUCCCACCAAGUCUCUCUACCCAUAGACCACGCCCUCCCUCCCCAAACAUCCUCUCAAGAGAAGAGGGGGAGACGUUUCCAGAAAUCCAGGAGGGUGGCCUUGGAUCUUGGCCAGGUGGAGGCAGUGACCAAGCUAGCCUUCCUCCCUGGGAUGAGACCAACCCUGGGGAGGCAUUCUUGUAGGGGGAAGAGUAAGUAGCCCUGGAGAACUGAGGCCAGGUCCAAAGUGGCAACUGAGUCUGCUGCCAUACACACAAGGAAGACUUCUCUAUACCUGGCCUCUCUACCCCUUGGAGGACUUCUGGGACUUCACUGCUCUGGCUCUGGAGAAGACUGGGAUGUUCCCACCAACCCCAACCACAGGCUAGGCCAGGUAACAGCUCUCUGCACCAGACGGCUGUCCAAGCCUGUGCCCUGGCACCUGCCACCCCCCACAGGACUCCUCACCCCCCAUCUUUCUGCAUACCGAAGUGUGUGGUUCCCCCCUAGGUGCCCCACAACCAGGACCAAGACGAGACCUCCAGAGGAGGGAAGGAGGACCUCUGGCAGUGCUUGAGCGCACUGACUACCCAGAAAAUGGACACAGGAGGGAUGCCCCCAAGUUGAGGCUUGUCAGAGCACGAGGGUCCUGACAGCAGCUGGAUUCUCAUAGCAGGAUGAGGCAGGAGGAUGCGGUAACCCAACAGAGAGAGCGGGCCCCUGCGCACGUGUCUCUCAGCAAGGCCACUAAAAGCCCAAAGAUCUAUGUGUCACCAA